AUGGCCGACGCCCGCCAAGUCCGCGCUGAGCGCCGGACUACUUGCGUCGCCCAGACGGCACCCAUGGGCCGCGGUGUCCCGCGCCGCUCUGCUUCCCCCGCAGCUAACGCUGCCACCGACCCAGCGGCUCACGAGCAGCAGGACUCUUCGCUGCCGCCCUCCGUGCGAUGGGAUGACCGCACCGCCACACCUUCCCUCACCCCCGUCACAACAUCAUCUUCCCACGCUCGCCGCAAACCGGCAAACGCGCAGGCUGCGCUGCUCAUGGCACGCGAGCUAUUGCGCUACGACCCCAUCGAGGAGGGCUAUGACGCCUGGCUGGGACGCAUCACCGAGCUUGUUAACGCCGCCGGCGAGGCUCUGGCACCGUCCCGCUCGCUCCGUCCCCCGCCCUCCUGGGCAAGCGACAUGGCCCAUGGCGCGCCGCCUCCCCCUCCACUGCGCAGCGUCGAACCCGAGCCCAGGCACAACGCGCCUCCGCGUGACCCCCCGCGCAGCGCGCCGGCACCGACACGGGAUGAGGCAAGCUGCCAGGUGGUGCAGCGGCCACAAGGUGACGCGCGUGCGCUCCCCGUGUCGCCGCGCCAGCAUCAGGACCGUGCGCUGCUGGAGGCUCAGGGCGUGGACGAUGAGCUCUGCGAGCACUUCAUCGUCACCUUCCAGGGCACCCGCGACCGCGCCCCCCUAGUGAACGACCUACGGCGCGUGAAGCAGCAGCCGGGCGAGACUCUCCACAAGUUCAUACAGAGCUUCACGUAUGUUCGCCUCAAGAUCCGGAAGGCGUCGGACGAGGCCAUCAUAUCGGCGUUUACCGAUGGCGUCAGGGACGUCAAGAUGCGCGAGGAGCUCGCUAUCCAUGACGACUUGUGCUCGGCCUUGGAGAUGUUCAACCAGGCGAACAAGUGUGCGAAGGCCGAAGAGGGCCGCCUCUCCCUCCUCGAGCAUCCGGAGGCUGAUCCUGAAAACAAGAAGGCCAAGGCCCUGGAGGCAAAACACAAGGGCCCCGUCGUACUGGCAGCGGAGCUUGAGAUGAAGCACGGCCGUGACCCCGCCACAACACCAACGACUGCCAGAAGCUCAGGGCACUCCGUGACGAGCUCAUCGGCCACCGCCCUGAGCGCGGCAACUGUGGCUACAGGCGUGGCGGAGGCCGCGGUGGAGGCCGCUGGGACAACUGCAACCCUCGUCAGGACGGGCGCGACUAGCCUCGUGAGGAUCGCUGGCGAGAUCAGCCUUGCGACGGCCCCUGGCAUGAUCAGCCUCGUGAGGCCCGUCCUCAGGCUCCACAGGACGUUGUUGUGCUCCCGGAUGAAGAAGAAGAAGUACCGCUGA